GGGGGCACGGAACUGCUGUAGGGUCGACGAGUAGUCGAAGAUGAAAGAGAAGGAUGGAAAUGAAACAGCGGUUUUUUAAAUCGAGACACUGACUUGUCUGCAACAAUAAUAUUCGUAGUGUCAAUACGGAGCGAAUGUUGCAUGAGGACUCGCAGAAGAAGGGCUUCAAUCGUGGUAAGGUAGUGAAUGUAAGGAGAGUUGAGGAGGGCUGUAGCUUCUGGGGCUUUUUUGGAGAGGGAAAACAACAUGGCUGCGGUGGAGCUCGAAUGGAUCCCAGAAACGUUGUACAACACUGCUAUCUCGGCUGUGGUGGACAACUACAGCCGGUCAAGAAGGGACAUACGGUCCCUCCCAGAAAAUAUACAGUUCGACGUCUAUUAUAAGCUCUACCAGCAGGGUCGACUCUGCCAGCUGGGGGGAGAGUUCUGUGAGCUGGAGGUGUUUGCUAAAGUGCUGCGGGCUUCAGACAAAAGACACCUCCUGCACCACUGUUUCCAGGCCCUGAUGGACCACGGUGUGAAAGUGGCCUCAGUUCUGGCAAACUCCUUCAGCCGCCGCUGCUCCUACAUCGCCGAGUCUGACGCCCACGUCAAAGAGAAGGCCAUCCAGUUUGGCUUUGUGCUGGGUGGCUUCUUGUCUGAUGCGGGCUGGUAUGGAGAUGCAGAGAAAGUGUUUCUGUCGUGCCUGCAGCUGUGCACGCUCCACAGUGAGGUCCUCCACUGCUACCGGGCUGUGGAAUGCUGUGUCAGGCUGCUUCAUGUCCGUAAUGGCAACUGCAAGUACCACCUUGGGGAGGAGACCUUCAAGCUUGCUCAGUCUUACAUGGACAAACUAGCCAAACAUGGCCACCAGGCCAACAAGGCAGCGCUGUACGGCGAGCUCUGUGCCUUGCUCUUUGCCAAAAGCCACUAUGACGAGGCGUACAGGUGGUGUAUAGAGGCUAUGAAGGAAAUUACUCCAGGGCUGCCUGUCAAAGUAGUGGUUGAUGUCCUUCGCCAGGCCUCCAAGGCCUGCGUGGUGAAAAGAGAGUUCAGAAAAGCAGAGCAGCUGAUCAAACACGCAGUGUUUCUAGCAAGAGAACAUUUUGGACACAAGCAUCCCAAGUACUCCGACACGCUGCUAGAUUAUGGAUUUUACUUAUUAAAUGUGGACAACAUAUGCCAAUCGGUUGCUAUUUACCAGACAGCUCUGGAUAUCCGACAAUCGGUCUUUGGGGGGAAGAACAUCCAUGUUGCCACAGCCCAUGAAGACCUAGCCUACUCCUCAUACGUGCACCAGUACAGCUCUGGGAAAUUUGACAACAAGACUUUUGCACAGUGCUGUAUCUGUUUGAAGCUGUACAUUAUGUCUUAGACUCUAUCCGCGUUUGCUUGUUUUUCCCCAACAGCCCUGAUUCUGGAAGAAAUUGCCAUCGACUGUCACAACAAAGAGACAGAAGAGCGCCUCCUGCAGGAGGCUCACGACCUGCACCUCUCCUCACUGCAGCUGGCCAAGAAGGCUUUCGGAGAGUUCAACGUACAGACAGCCAAACACUAUGGCAACCUCGGACGACUCUACCAGUCCAUGAGGAAGUUUAAGGAGGCAGAGGAGAUGCACAUCAAAGCCAUCCAGAUUAAGGAGCAGCUACUGGGCCACGAGGACUACGAGGUGGCUCUGUCUGUGGGUCACCUGGCCUCCCUCUACAACUACGACAUGAACCAGUACGAAGAUGCAGAGAGGCUCUAUCUGCGCUCCAUCGCUAUCGGUAAAAAGCUGUUUGGCGAGGGUUACAGUGGGCUGGAGUACGACUACCGAGGCCUGAUCAAACUCUACAACUCAGUGGGAAACUACGAGAAGGUGUUUGAAUACCACAACGUACUGUCCAACUGGAACCGGUUGAGGGACCGGCAGUUUGCAGUGGCGGAUGCCCUGGAGGACGUCAACACUACACCCCAGCAGACCCAGGAGGUGGUACAAGCUUUCCUAUUGGCCCAGAGCCUAGGCCCCACCCGCCCCUGUCUCGGCUGAUUGGUUGACCGAAUGAGAAGGAGAAGAGAGGAGGGGAAAGAGACAAGUGGGUGGGUUUUAGCCUGGUGUGGACAUGAUUUGAGCCCAAAAUGUGAUGCUUCAGUUUCACACCGAUUAGUAUCACAGCAAAUUCAAACAUCACUGGCAGCUCGGUUGACUUUAUAUGCUGCCAGUACACACACAGACAUAAAAAACAAAUAGAGAAGACACUUAUCAAACCUCAUCAACACACUCUCACCAUCAAGAUGCAGUCGCUGCGUUUCUCCAACAGUAAGAGGACACAUGCCUGAGACCGGGGACUCGAAAAGAAACGUCAGACGUCCUAUAAGGAUGACGCACGACCUCCUCGCCUCUCAUCUCACUCGCCUUUUUCUUCCUGGACAGCAGUUUUGCUUUUGUACCGUACCAGUGUAGCUCAGAUCUGCGGGAGCGUCGUCACAGAACAGAAGCCGCGUUCUCGAGAGCUGCACGACAGCAUCUGUGGAACACCUGCACAUCCAUCAGCACCAUCACUUGGCCGAUCACAGCUGGAAAUAGUUGGAUAUUUUUGACACUUGUACAGUUAAAGAAAAUACAGAUUGUACACUUGAGUUUUAUUUGAAGGCUUUUUGUUGUUGUAUUUUUUUUUUUUCUUUGCGAUUAACUGAACGCGAACCCUCAAAGUUGCGUGGAGGAGAACGUGAUAACACCAGGUGUGGUUUUUACACACAACAGCUUUUCACAGGUCUUUUUUUUCCAGCUUAGUACUGACAUAGCAUCAUUAAAAUGCCAAUAAUUUAUAUGCAAACAUAUAUGCUCAUGUAGCCCUUUGUUUAUGUUUUCUUACUGAAUGAGAAAUGGCUCAACACUAUGAUAACAAGGGACACGAAUGGGAGAGCAAAGAGGAAGCUGCUACAUGUGCAAAGGCUCCGAAGCCUCGCUUUGUUCAUCUUGAGGCCGUAUGUGUGAGUGAGUGAGUGGAACACACAACUCUCGGUGCCCGAGUGCUCCACCGAUGACUACCAGCCUUACACCAGCUUGCAGUUAUCUGUCUGUAGACGGACCCAUAUUUUGAAGUGCUAAAUAAACUAUUAUAUCCUUAACGGCGCUACAGUGGGGACCAAUAUUGUGUGCUUGUGUGCGUGUUUGCAUAGCAGCCUGAUUCUUGUGCAUGUGGCCUCUCUGCUUCACACCCUCCUGUCAGAAAAUUAAAGAAAAGUUCCUGAUAUGUUUUUCUGUUACUGGCCCAUCGUUCAGAGUCUCACUGUCCAGAAUCUCAUCUGUUGCUUUAUUUAAAAGCUCAGCUGUCAUUCUUAGGCUGCUUUUCAGCUUUACUCGACACCUCAGCUCCAGAGCAGGGGUGGGGGAACUCCAGGCCUCAAGGGCUGGCGUCCUGCAGGUUUUAGAUGUGCUUGAUCCAACACAGCUGGUUUAAAUGGCUCAAUUAAAAAGGUUUCCAGAGGCCUGACAAUGAACUAAUCAUUUGAUUCAGGUGUGUUGACCCAGGCUCAUAUCUAAAGCCUGCAGGACACCAGCUCUACAGCUGCCACGUUGGUAUUUUAAAGCUAACUUAGGCUCUCUAGUGGACAAAGUAUGCAACGGUCAUUACAUACUUCGUGUCGAAAGGGCUUUAAAGGAACAUAUUCUUAUUUUCAGACUGUAAUAUUGUAUCUUUUCAUUAUUCUCAGUUCUAAAUAAUCCUUAUUGACUUUAUCCUGAGCCUCGGGGCAGCCGCUCAAGUCAGUGUCCAUCUGAAAACAGCUCUUUUAGUGCCUCUGUCUCUCUUAAAGCCAACUCUCUUCUGCCUGUCACACACAAAUACUUUGAACAGCAGGUGUGUAGCCAGAGCUGUGUGCGUGACACAACCAUGUUAAUGGGUUUGGCUCACUGACAUGAGAAAACAAAACAUCUGAACACCUAGUUGGUCCAUUUUAAACCUGUUUGGAUUUUGUUCUGUAUAUUUGGAGUAAGCUACAGUGCUGCCACAAAGUGUUUGCCUCCUGAGUUCUUCAUUUCAUGCAUAUUUGUCACACUGCAGUGAUUAAGAUCAUCAGACAACAUUUAAAAUGACAUAACAUACGUUUUUAAUUGAUUUGUGAUUUUUUGUUAAGGGGAAAAAGAACCUACCUGGCCCUGUUUGAAAAAGGAAAAAACAAAAACAGCAUUUCAUAAAAAGAACAUCACAGUAAGAGCAUGUGGAGGGAGUGGGAGUGGGCUGCUUGGAUGAUUAAGGAUCUGGAUGGAAAAAGGAAUUCUGCUCUCAACCCAAAAUCCUGAAGGAAAACUUUUGUGAUGUACAGCUUGAGCGUGCUCGGGUUACGCAGCAGAACAACACAAUCCCAAAUAUACCAGCAAGUCCAUGACCUUAAACACCACCAUACCAUACACCUCCAUACUCGACCAGUUUUUAGAUUUUAGGCCAGGUAGGUUUGGAUAACUUUUGACCCUUAAUCAGAAUUUAAAAACGACAUUUUGAGCUUGUCUGUGUAAUAUUAACAGUUGUACGAUGACCUGAAAGUGAGACAAAAAUGCAAAAAACAAUGUAUAUAUGAAGAACGGGGCAAGCACGUGUUCACAGCGCUGUUUCUGUACCUGUGAUCCUGUGAAGCCUUCCACUGCAGAUGCUUUCAGUCUAAUAUUUAGUCCACAGUUUGGGAAUCGCCAGCUUCUCUGGAUGGGAUUUUAUCGUUAGUGCAAUUCUAACAUCACACAUGGACCCUUGUUUCAGUAAAGCAGUCUCAAUAUAAGAGGUGAAGGAGAAAUGAGCGCUUAAAGAGAUGCUGCGUAACAGUGGCGUGGAGAAAGGCGUGGACGCAUCCUGUAGCAGAUGAAGGAUGAGAUUUUGCACAGUGGAGGCUGAACACAGGCUGAUGGUGUGCAACGUUACUGAGAAUGUGAUGCCAUGGAUGAAUAGUCCGCUGUUAAUUUACUAUUUAGUUUGUUUUGAAAAGAAUGAAUGAAGAAAACGA